AACAAAAUUAAAAAUUGUUUAACAAAUUAACAAAAGAGAGAGAGAGAGUCCAAUCAAUCAUUAGACCCAUUUCUCAGAAAAACCAUCUCAAGCUUCAUCCAUGGCUAAUCCUCUUCUCUCAAUUCCCCCAAAACCUCCUUUCUCUCUCUAAACCUAUAUAUGUAUACAGUCCAAAAUCUAUAGAUGCGGUUUUCGGUGUGAGUUUUUUCUGAAUUUUUUCUGUUUUUUUUUUGGUUCAAUUAUGGCGAUUGUGACCGGAGAUCGGUAUCUGGAGAAGCUUGUGAAGUUUGUUGAGGAACAAGCUGGUCCAUUGAUCGAAGGAACAAUGGUUUUGAAGCUUAAUCCGGCGGGUCUUCACUAUGUUCAGUCUCGUCUCGAGGCUUUGUACGAGCUUGAGAGUCUUUUGGCUGGUGCUCCGGUUGAUUAUCUUCGUGCUUAUGUCUCUGACCUUGGCGAUCACCGUGCGCUUGAGCAGCUUCGUAGGAUUCUUAGACUUCUUACUUCGCUUAAGGUUGUUUCUGUUCUUUCGCCUCCGACUAGGGACCCGACUCCGCUUUCGCUUUUGCCGUUUGGGAGGUUGAGGGUUUUGGAGCUUAGGGGAUGUGAUUUGUCUACUUCGGCUGCUAAGGGACUUCUUGAGUUGAGACAUACUUUGGAGAAGAUCGUUUGUCAUAAUUCUACUGAUGCUCUACGGCAUGUCUUUGCAAGUAGGAUAGCAGAAAUAAAGGACUCUCCACAAUGGAACCGAUUAUCAUUUGUUUCAUGCGCUUGUAAUGGAUUGUUACUCAUGGAUGAGUCUUUGCAACUUCUACCUGCUGUUGAAACACUUGACCUGAGCCGGAACAAGUUUGCCAAGGCUGAUAAUCUACGAAAGUGUGUCAAAUUGAAGCACCUAGAUCUCGGUUUCAAUAACCUUAGAACAGUUUUGUCAUUUAGAGAGGUCUCCUGUCCUAUUGUUAAACUUGUUUUAAGGAACAAUGCUCUAACUACAUUGCAUGGGAUUGAGAAUUUGAAGUCACUUGAAGGCCUUGAUGUUUCCUACAAUAUUAUUUCCAAUUUUUCAGAGUUAGAGUUCCUAGCGGGACUCCCAUCUUUACGAAAUUUGUGGUUGGAGGGAAAUCCAUUAUGUUGUGCUCGAUGGUAUCGGCCACAAGCAUUCAGCUAUAUCAAUACAUUGAUCAAUUUCAAAUUGGAUGAUAUGGAAAUCAGCACCAGAGAAUUUUGGAAGAGACAACUUAUUAUUGCCAGUAGACAGAAGCGACCUGCCAGCUUUGGGUUUUAUUCUCCUGCAAUAUGCAAUGCUAAGGGAGAAGGGUCUGUUAACAGGAGACGGAAUAAGGUAACCCGUCUUGCUUCUAUUGGGGGUGAAGGUGAAACCAUAUAUUUAUGUUCUGAUCAGGACUCUGUGUCAAUUGAUAACGAAGUGCAAAGCAGAGAGGAGAAUGUCCUAUCUGAUGAUGAUGCUGAAAUACGUGAUUUAAUGAAUAAAGUUGAACUGAUGAAGAAGGAGCGUUCUGUUCUUUGGUUGCGGGAGUUUAGGGAAUGGAUGGAUCAUGAUUCUGAGAAUUGCAUAGACCACAGUAAAAAUAGUGGGACAUCAUCUCCAAGGGGAGAGAAUUUAUUGAGAAUAAAGACAACUCAACGACAUGUUGGUGAAUGCUCAAGAUAUGUCUCCGACUCGGUCAAAGCUUCUGGAGAUGAGAAUAGUAUAAGUGUUUUGGAUUCUGAUAGUUCCUUCAUGGAUACAUCUUCUGGUUUGCAUGCCCAUCAAUAUUUUGAUCAAAUUGUUUUAAUGGGCCCUACCCGUGUAAUUAGUCCGAAUAGCAUGGGGAGAAUGGAUCUUAAGGAGGAGUAUUCAAAAGUUUAUGAAAGAGUUAACAGUUUAUCUGCUCAAGCUAAAAGUUCUUUUGCUGAUACCUUUGCUAAUCAAGUUGGUCCUGGGAUCGUUGAAAAUGUAAGCAUAUCCCCUCUGACUACCAUUGAUAGUAUUUCAGAAUCUCAUUCCUCUACACAUCCCGGAUCACCUCCUCAGUACCGAGAAGAUAUUCUUCAUCGUCGUCAAAACCUAGAGGAAGAAAUCCUGCAGUUAUCUGCUGAUUCAUAUUCAGUGGCUUCAUCAGAUAGUAAUACUAGUUGUAGCGACGAGGAUUCAUAUGCCUUUGGGCCAAUGUCUGAUGUUGAUCAGUCACCCAAUGGAAAAUCGUUGAAGACAAUUUUUGACUUGCAUGCCUGUUUGGAAAGUUUUGAACACAAGUAUUGUGACCCAACUCAUCAAAUUUCUCAAGUAAGAGAAAAUGGUCAGUGUUCAGCUGAUUCUCGUGAUGUUGUUAAAGAUCAGUCCAUUAAAUCACGCGGCAAUGAUUGUCUUGAGGAUGAAGAGGGUGGAGAUACCCGUGCUUUCAACCAAAAGGAUGAUUUAUUAAGGAAGAAAAAAGGCAAAAGAAAAACAAAAAGAAGAGUCGUUCCGCUGGUAAAUGAUAAUAAUUUGGUUGGGAAGGUAGAAACAUGCCAAAAAUCAAAUGGCGAACUUGAUUGUCAUAAAGCAGAAAUGGUAAAAGAUCAACAUGUUGGUGAAGAGAAUCAAGUGUUAACAAGUGUUGACAGAACUAAGCUAAAUUAUGAUGCUGAUGGGUUUCCGUCAUGUAGAGGGAAUGAUGAUUUUAUCGAGAAAUAUUUCAAUUCAAAUGUAGCAGAUUCAAGAAAUGAUGAAAUUUGCUCGCAGUAUAUGCGUUGCUACUGUAUACUUGAGAAGGAUUCUGUGUUCGGAGAAAGAGAUGUGGCUCUUGUAAUGAGCAGUGAAAAGAAGCUAUACAUUUUCCUUGUUUGCACCACAAGUGAUGGAUCAGAAAGUGUCUCAAGUUUAAUGGCUUGCCAUAAUGUUCAAAACAUCAGUGAAGUCUUAGUUGGUAUGGGACUUCAGGUUGUAAGGGUGUCUAUUGAGGAGAGUGCAACCUACCUAUUUAUUACCAGAAGUACUGAAGAAUUAAGACAAUUACUUUGUACCUUACAAAUUUUCGAUUCGUUUGGAGUCGAUAACAAGUGUUCAUUUAGAAGUUUGGAGCAGGUUCAGGUUGAAUUGUUCGAAAAACAAAUACUCGGUGGUUCAAAAGUGAGCAUAUUCCAAUAUUCUAUGGUUCUCUUUUGGCAUGGCAACCAUAGAGAGGGUUCAUGGCUUCCAAGAUCAUUGUUUGUUAUCGGUGUCCAUCUGAUUAUGUGCGUUGAAGACCUAGCGAAGUUCGCCUCUCUUUCAGUGGAUGCACACUCACCGUCAUACUUCUCGCUUGAUUCAUGUUGCUCAAUUGACAGCAUAUCUGAGAUUGUUGUAGAGGAAGAGGAGAAUCAGUGCGUAACCUUAUCCCUUUCCCGCCCAACACCGCACCCUCUCGGUUCUUCCUUAUCAUCUUAUACUGGCAAAAAGGUAGAAACCUCGUCAAACAAAGAAAAAACAAUAUGGAAACUCAAGUGGUUCUCAAAAGACAAUAUGUUCAAUUUCGUAUCUUUGUUAAAGGCGUUACACGAAGAAGCACAAGCUCAUCGCCUUUGCCAGUAAGAUACAUCCCUUGAAACCCGUCAUCCUUUUUUCGUAUAAUUUCAUUUCAUUUCCAAUUCAAUUUAUUCUUUGAUUUGAGAUUUUGCUGUUUUGAUUUGAUUUUAGCUUUUCUUCUUUGGUUGAGUAUAGUGUUUGUUUGGGCUAUUUCUUUAGCAGUAGAUCGAUCUUGUGUAAUGUACAAAAUUUGUACAGUGUAAAAUCAUGGCAAAUUGACUUUUAAGUAUAAUAUUAGUACUUUAUGAUA